CCAGAAGAUUCUAUGCCUCCAGCCUAUCAUUAGGCAGCAGAGCAUUAGCCACACAUCUGAUUGAAAUGCAGAGUGUUUCAGCUGCUAUACUAGACACCAAGAAAAGAAAAGUCCCUUUCACAGCUCCUUUUGAUCCUCGCUUUCCAUUCACCAACCAGACUCGUAACUGCUACCAGAAUUACAUAGAUUAUUACCGUUGUCUGAAGAUUAUGAAAACCAAAGGCAAGGAUAUGCAGAAGUGUGAAUGGUACCAUAAGGUUUUCAAAUCCUUGUGUCCUAGCAGUUGGGUUAAUCAGUGGGAUGAGCAACGUAAACUGGGAACUUUUCCUGGCAAGAUAUAAAGAUCUAUCUUCCAUUGCCUUCAUGAAGAUAGCCUGGGAGGUACAUUUUCGUCUAAUUCCAAUUCAACGCUUAGUUACCUCAGCAGAACUCUGAAUCUUCACCCCACUAAAACAGAACAAAAUGCAAAUAGAAGUAUUGUUUUAAAAAAAAUCAAACAGAACAGUAAUUUCCAAUAAACAACUUUUUAACAACUGAAA